GGAUGGUGUGGCUGAUGGUCAGCUCCACCUUCAACCACCUGGACGGCUUCCACGGCACCGCGUUGUACAGCGCCUUCCUGCGCGCCAUGGGAGCCGAGGUGGGGAGGGACUGCACGCUCUUCGGCUUCACGCUGGAGUUCGACCUCCUGUCCAUAGGUGAUUGUGUGAAUGUCGGCCUCGAUUGCGACAACACAUGCCACACAGUGGAGAACAUGGUUCUCAAGAUGGUUCCAGUCAGGCUGGGCUCCUACAGCACCAUGCAGAGACAUAGCUUCGUGAUGCCUGGCGCGGAGCUCGGCGAUGGCGCGGUGCUGUUCGAGGAGUCGCAGGUCCUGAAGGGCGAGACGGUGCCCGCGAACGAGAUUUGGUCCGGCAACCCCGCGGAGCCCACGAGAAUCCGCCGUCCGCGCCUGUGGGCCGUCCCGCCCGAGGAGCCGAGGGCCGCGGCGCCGGUGGGCAUCACCGUUGUCACCCCAGCAGAAGAUCAACACGACCUGAGGACACCGCUGCUUCGGGCUUGACUGCUCCGCACCCUGUCCGACCAGAGCUUCCGGCGCCCUGGAGCGGAGCCCCGGGCCGCCCCGGACCCCGGCGGCCGGAGGCCGAGCCUGCGAGGUCGCGCAUCCGGUCCGCGACCUCUUUCUCUUUGGGCCUACCCCUGCGGGUCCAAUCAGCAUCGGAGAGCAUCGCCGCUGGGGUUCACUCGGCUGCAGAGUGCAUCGCCAUUCUUCCCCCCCAAGCCAGGUCUGCCAGAGCCGUGACCUGUAGGGGCAGGGUUCAGAUUCCCGCGCGGACGCCCCUGGUCGCUGGCGAUUGUGGUCUGCAGCGGAAGACUUGCCAGCGGCAUCCCGAGUUGUAGCCGGGCUGGAUCUG